UUCAGACCAGUCGGAGCAGUAUGGAGCUGUGAGCCUGUACACCACCACCACCACCAUGCAUCGGAUGUCCUGUUAGAACCAGCAGCAGCCUCCACCUUUUUUUUUUUCUUCCCCCCAUUAGUAGUUUAGUUUCAUAGUAUUUAGACGCUUGUAGAAGGAAAAAAUGAGUGGGCAUCUUACUGCUGCUUUUUGUUUGGCUGUAGUUUUCCUCCCGGUGUUGGGCGCCUCAUGUCCUGCUCAGUGUAGCUGCUUCUUCCACAAAUUAAGCGAUGGAUCCAAAGCAAGGAGUGUGCUUUGCAACGAUCCUGAAAUCACCAUGGUUCCUCCAAAUUUCCCAUCCGACACCUCCAAGCUUCGCAUUGAGAAGACAGCGAUCACAAGGAUUCAAAGCGACAACUUUCACUACCUCAACAGUUUGGAGUUUCUGUGGAUGUCUUUCAAUUCUCUCAACACCCUGAGCGUGGACAGUUUUCGGGGGCUUUACAAUCUAGACGAGCUGAGGCUGGACGGAAACGCCCUCACCUCGUUCCCUUGGCAGUCUUUGACGGAUAUGCCCAACCUGAGGCUCCUGGAUUUACACAACAACAAGAUCGCCACCAUCCCAGCCGAAGCCACCGUGUACAUAAAGAAUAUCACCUAUUUAGACUUAUCCAGCAAUAACCUGAACACCAUCCCCGCUGACGUUCUCACCAUGUGGCUGAGUGUGAAGCCAUCACAGGACAUGGACUCGUCUAAACUAAUUCUCGGUCUUCAUGACAACCCUUGGCUGUGCGACUGCCGGUUGUAUGACCUGGUCCAGUUUCAGAAGUCUCCAUCAUCCUCUGUGGCUUUAAUCGAUACCAGACUGAAGUGUGCGGAUCCAGAGAGCCUGUCGGGGGUUCUUUUUACUGAAGCGGAGCUGCAGAGGUGCCAGGGUCCUAGAGUGCACACGGCUGUAGCUCGUGUCCGGAGUUCGUUGGGAAACAACGUCCUGUUGCGCUGCGGUACAAUCGGAGUCCCAAUCCCUGAGUUAUCCUGGAGCAGGGCUGAUGGGAAGAAAAUGAACGGCACUGUCCAGGAAGAGAUCUCAAAAGAGGGCAUCAUUUGGUCGAUCCUGAGCGUGCCUGCAGUUUCCUACCGCGAUUCUGGGAAAUAUGUGUGCAAAGCAACAAACUUUGUGGGCACUGCGGACGCCAUCAUCUCCUUGGUGAUCACAGAUUCCUUCCGGUCUGAGGAAACAGGUGGAACAUCAAAGAGGGGCAGAGGAAAGAAACCUGGUGGCAUCGGAAGAGCGGCGUACCAGGAGAAACUCAUCGCCCGAUACGUUCCUCCACCUACAACAACAGCCGCCCAGCCCAUCAUCGAACCGCUCAAUGGUAAAGGAGCAACUGGGAAGUACGAAAUCGAGAGCUACAGCGUCUCUGAUGGUGUUUCUCAAAGUCGGGGGAGCUCCUCCGACUCCUCAAAACAGGUGGAGGUGGAGAGGGAUGCUUUGAGCAACUUGGCAGCUAAUGCUUCAUCACUACAGCAAGCGCCGGAAAAAAGGAUUGUGCGUUCGGUGAAAGUGAUUGGUGACACCGACCAUACUGUCUCGCUAAACUGGCGAGCCCCCACUGCUACAAACACCACAGAAUUCAGCGUCCUGUAUGCCAUAUUUGGCGAAAGAGACAUGCGGCGCAUCAAUGUAGGUGCAGGAAAGAACCGGAUCACCAUAGACGGCCUCGUGCCAAAGACAAAGUACAUUGCCUGUGUUUGCGUCAAAGGACUGAUCCCUAAAAAGGAGCAGUGUGUAAUCUUCUCAACAGACGAGGCGGCCAGCGCAAGUGGGACUCAGAAGCUCAUUAAUGUCGUAGUGAUAACGGUGGCAUGUGUGAUCGCUGUCCCGCUGACACUGAUCGUCUGCUGCGGUGCCCUAAAGAAACGCUGCCAAAAGCUGCUGGGGAGGCAACCCAAGGACAUUCAAGACUCCUACGUCACGUUUGAGACCCUCGGCCCUGGGGCUAAAACCAAAGGAAUGGAGGGCGAGUACCUGACGAGGCUAAACCCCGAUGAGUCCAACAGGCUGCUCUCGGCUCGGUCCAGUGUCGACUCAGAGGCCACGGCCAGGACUGAAGGGCCGCCCAACGAAUACUUCUGCUAAAACCAAAUGUAUGCCUCGAUCUCCAGAGGAUGCACUUUGUUUUCUAACGGCCUGUGAUGUGAAUAGCUAAACAAACCACUGUGCUCAGAGAACGACAUAGUGAAAAACGAUCCUCUUUUCAACGGACACUGGUAGCUUUAUCAGCAACAAAACUGUUUUACAGCCUUGUGGGAAUAAAAACCACCGAUUUGGUGAACUGCA